AUGGGUAAGACGGUCGUCUUGAGUGUAAUAUUUUAUUGUUUUAGUGAUCACAUCGUGCUUGAAACUGAGCUCUAACAUAUUCAAGCAGGAUUUCAAAGAUCUCCAUAAAACAGUUAAAAGUCUGACAUCUCUGUCUAAAAAUGGAAGUGACUCUUUUACGUAUGUUGACCUUUACUAAAAAUUUUUAUAAUUUUAGGAGUAAUGCUCUACUGCAAGGCAGAAUGCACUUGGAUCCAAUUUAUGGUGGACAGAACCUUGCACUUCAACUGAGAGCUGCCUGCAUGACCGUCUCCACGGGAAUGUUACCUCAUUCGACUCAUUCCUACUUUCUAGAUUCUGGUAUUUCUUGGUUUUUCAUGCAUUAUUUGGUUGUUGUAGGCACCGUAAAUCAACCAUUGCAUCUGAACGUUAAAAGAAUCCGCGAUGGAAAGAGUUUCUGUAGUAGAUAUGUGGAAUCUCAUCAAGGAAACAAGGUUCUAUGUUCCGGGUUCACUUCUUUUCAUGUAGAGGAGAAGCCGGCGAUCAAACAUUUGGAGCCAUUUCGUGUGGAUGUUAAUCCGGACACCCUUCCUACUUGGAGAGAUGGGAUCUUGGAGGCAUUGGAAGAUAAUUCUAUAACUCCAUUCCACCGAAAGUUGUUGCAGUGGAAACUGAAGAAUACUCCGCACUUAUUUUUGGAUCUCUUUGAUGUAACACAUCCUCGUCAUCCUUUUUCUAUUUGUAUUUUAGAUACGAACUACGGAUGUUCCUCGAUGGACAAUGCGCACACGACAUCCCCCUCAUCGUGGUCCUACCCACAAAGUAUUUAUGCGAUCUAAAUAUUCUCCGGGAGACAGUCAGAUCGAUCAUCGUGUAAUGGGGGCAUUCAUGGGAGAUAUUGUUAUGAUAGAGGGUGCUCUAAUGGAUCACAUUAAUGCGGGGUUCUUCCCCACCAUGCUGUUUUCUCUGGAUCAAUGUCUUUACUUCCAUACUGAUGUAAAUACAAAUGAAUGGAUGUAUGUGGAAGUUAAGAGUCCAAUCGCCGGUAAGUCCGAAUUGAUUUUGGUGUAAUCAAAUUAAUAUUUUCAGAGAAUGGACGUAUUUAUGCCGAAUGUAAAUUCUGGUCGACCGAAGGACAACUGAUGAUGACCAGCAGCCAGGAAGGUCUGGCAAGAUACGACGAGAACCAUCCGAACAGCCAAGCGCCGAAAUGA